CAAAAAAGGUUGAUGUCUAGACUUAAGGGUUAGAAAAAGUUUGAACGUCAGGAGAGAAAUGUCAAGUGUGUCAAGCCGAUUGAGCGAGGCUCCUGACGGCAAACAGUUUUUCACUGAAUGAAAAUUGAAUAUUUUUUUAUUAUAAUUUGCAUCAUAAAAAUACUUUGUUCUUAAAAAUAUCGUCGGUAAACGUAAGCAUAAAACACAAGAAAAUUCCGGCUACUCAAAAUUACCUUUCCAGGAAUGAAAUUUGCAAGCGAAAUAUGAUAAUGGAACCAAAUUUGGUGCAAAAACAUAAGAUCGUCAUGGGCCUGCGUGAAGCAAUAAAACUUAAACUAUUUACAUUUUUUGUGCAGUUUGGGUUGUGUUUUAUAGGAAGUUGACUCUGCUUAGUUCUAGUAAUUAUUUGUAAUAAUUAGACGUGUGGUCAGAACCUACAGUCGACGACGUUCUUCAUCUACAUUCAGGUCCCGAUCGCAAUCUCGACGUCGCACAACGUGUGACUUAAGACCCAACAGCAGUGAUGGGCUCUGGCUACAUCUGGAAUUGAUUACGACAAUUAAAGUUUGGUCCUCAAUGGAUAAAGAUAUGACUCGUUUCGAUCGGGAGGCAGCCACCAAUCUCAUAGAACGCAACGCAGUGAUGCUGGAAGAAGCCAAGGACACCAUUACGGCGCCGGCCUCGUUUAUGAUACGAACGCUGGCGUGUAUUCAUUCGCUACGGAAUCGCCGCAGUGCGACCCAAGCCGCUGCGGCAGGCAAUGAUAGUGAAAGUGAUAAUGCCUCACGGGAGGGCAACAAUAACAAUGACGAUAUGACGGCGGCGACCUAUCCCAGAACCGACUCGUCGUCCGACGGUAGAUCGCCGAAACACUAUUUUCAGCUUUAGGUUAAGAACGGGAAAUGUGUUAUUACACACGCUUGAGGAGCCUCUAAUUUUUAAAACUGCUUCACCCUCGCAAUUCCGCAGGGGAAAGUGAAAUCUAAACUGAUUCGCUUAUAUAAUGGUUUGUGUAUUAACAUCUCAGGCGACAGCGUAGGCAAGAAUGAUGUGAUUUUGUUGUAUAAAUAUUUAUAUAAAUAAAAACCAAUAAUAGCCAAA